ACGUGUGCAGAAAUAUGCUGUUUGUGAAACACAUUUAUAGAACAUGGUAAUCUCAAGCCCUCACCUUUUCUGGGAGAAUGCUGCUAGUCAGGCAUCUGACAGACAGCUUCUAUUGUAUCCACAAGGAACUGCAGAUAGUUUCCAGGCCUAAAAGCUCUCAAAAUGGAUGUGCUGUAACCUUCCACGUGAAAGUAGCUUCCUGCUACUACUUUACUUCUGGCCCAAAAUAUGCAUUAUUUUCUGGGGAGAAGUUCAGUUUUGUCAUUUCCAAAAAUUCGUAGUAUAUUUUUGCGGUUUCAUCAUACAACAACCUCACCAACAUGUAGCUGUAGUAAAACAGUUACUGAUGAAAAAUUCAAGGACCCUUUUAAACUUGGUCGGAAAGACUUGAAGAAUCUGUGUGAAGAUAUUAAAAAGGAAUUACUUGUAUCUACAGCAGAACUUAGGGAAAUGUGUGAAUAUUACUUUGAUGGAAAAGGGAAAGCCUUUCGACCAAUGAUUGUGGUGCUAAUGGCAAGAGCGUGCAAUAUUCACCAUAAUAACUCCGGGGAGGUGCAAGCAAGCCAACGCUCUGUGGCCAUAAUUGCAGAGAUGAUCCAUACUGCUAGUCUAGUUCAUGAUGAUGUCAUUGAUGAUGCAAAUUCUCGGAGAGGAAAAAUGACUGUUAAUCAAAUCUGGGGGGAGAGAAAGGCUGUUUUAGCUGGUGAUUUUAUCCUUUCAGCAGCUUCUGUUGCUUUAGCAAGAAUUGGAAACACUACUAUUAUAUCGGUAUUAAGCCAGGUGAUAGAAGAUUUGGUGCGUGGUGAAUUCCUUCAGUUGGGCUCCAAAGAAAAUGAAAAUGAGAGAUUUGCUCACUACCUCGAGAAGACCUUUAAGAAGACUGCAAGUCUUAUCGCAAACAGUUGUAAAGCAGUUUCCAUACUAGGCUGCCCUGAUCCAAAAGUUCAUGAGAUUGCAUACCAGUAUGGAAAAAAUGUUGGCAUAGCUUUUCAGCUAAUAGAUGAUGUGCUAGAUUUUACAUCAUGUGCUGACCAGUUGGGGAAACCAGCAUCAGCGGAUCUCAAACUUGGAUUAGCCACAGGCCCUGUUUUAUUUGCUUGCCAACAGUUUCCAGAAAUGAAUGCCAUGAUCAUGAGGAGAUUCAGUUUGGCAGGUGAUGUUGAACGUGCUCGGCAAUAUGUACUUCAGACUGAUGGUGUACAGCAAACAACCUACCUCGCCCAACGCUACUGCCAUGAAGCAAUGAAAGAGAUUAGUAAACUGCGACCAUCCCCUGAACGAGAUGCCCUCAUUCAGCUCACAGAAACUGUACUCACCCGGGACAAGUGAGACACCUUCUUCCACUCAUACUGGCAGCUACUUACCAGACUGUGCCUAUAAGACUACAUUUCAAAACAUCUUGGUUUGCUUCCAGCGCUGGUUACCAAAAAUUAUUUUUUUAAUAUUUUCUGAAAUAUACUUUAAGUUUAUGAAGAUGUUUGAGGGAAGCCAUACAACUAUGAAACAAUCUGUUAAAUUGUACUUAUUCUGUCUAAAUGUGUUUUAAUAAGGGCGUUUAUGUUGGGGGAAGUAUUGUUUACACUUAAUAUUGAUGUACAAUGCCAAUGAGAAUAAAUAUCAGUUAAAAUUAAUGUGUUCCAAACAUUAAAUAUUACUGUAUGUGUGAAGUGAUAAGGUUUACUGCAAAAACAUGGUUUGAUUGCUUUCCCAGCUGUGUGUGUUAAACUUCAGAAGUACCCAAAAUGUUAUAUAGGAGAAUGGUUUAUUAUAAAAGACUGUACAUAAACUUAACAAGUUAUAUACAAAUUAAGUGAAGACUUUCCAAUUUAUAAAGAAAAUACAGGUAAAUUAUUGGUUGCUAAUUUUUCAGAAGGUGAUAUUAACACUUAAAGCAGAAAGCAUUUGGAAGUUACAAUGAUUUUAGGGAGAAGGUGAAGGAGUUCCAAUAUUUCUAAUUUUACACUAGAAAAGAAAUGAUGCAGCAACCAAUCAAGCUUCCAACCACCAGUCUUUUAGCACUUUGUUAUAGAAGUGUACAUUUAAUAUCCCAUUAGGACAGCACUUUAAAGUCCAAAACCAAUCUUUACUACAUACAAUAAUAGAGCAUACUACAUACUCUACUUCAGAUAAGCUAAGCACUACAGUUUUGUAUAAACUGAAGUGAACAUCCCAUCUGACUUUUUGCCCAAUUUCCCAUAAUGGAGUGGAGAGGCAAAGUGCAUUUGUCACUUUCCAAUAAUAAACAGGAUGUGAAUGUCUGUCCCCCUCUUUCUGUAUGACUGCUAGCUCUGACUGCCUACUGGGUGAAUUAUCAGCUUCAAACAUACAAAUUUCUCCUGCUGGUCCAGCAUACAGUGUGUAUUUAGUAAUGUCAGUUGCAGCAAACUGAAACUAAUUAUUAAAUUACAGUGAGUUCAACACUCAGCUGAGAAUCCUUUAAGUACUUAAUUUUAGCAGUACUUGAACCCUUUACACACUAAUUUUGAAAGAAUGUUCUGAUAAGUGGAUAGUUUUCAGGUUUGGUAUAUUUGUUUGCCCAC